AUGAGAAAUGAUAAGCAAUGUGAGUGGCGAGAUAUGAAGAAACGAAACAGUGCGCUGCAACUAUUCAUCGCCACCCAUCUACGUCGAUCCCUAGAUAAAGUGAAAACCAUGACCACACGGUCCAUCAUCAACGCUGUGAAGAACAAUAAACUAUUUGGUUGUGUGGAGUGUGAUAUCCACGUACCAGAGAGUUUGCGAGAACAUUUCAAAGAGAUGUGCCUCAUCUUCAAGAAUAUAGAAAUACGUCGAGAAGACAUCGGUGAGCUCAUGAGGAGCUACGCCGAAGAAAAUAACGUCAUGUACCAGCCCCGGCGAAGUCUCAUUGGAAGUAUGAAAGGGGAUAAAAUCCUGCUGGCGACCCCUCUCCUAAAGUGGUAUUUGGAACAUGGUUUAGGUGUGUGUGUUAAGUAUUGUAAACCUUUUAACAGUAAGAGAAAGUCUCUAAUAGAUGGUACAUUAUUUUCUAGGUUACACGUAUCUAUCAGGUAAUGGAAUAUACCCCUAAGCCAUGUUUUAAACCUUUCGGAGACGCCGUGUCGGAUGCUCGUCGUGCUGGUGACGCAGACCCCUCCAAAGCCAUCAUCGCGGACACAAUGAAGCUUGUAGGAAAUAGAUAUAAUGAUAAAGAUUUUAAUUUUGUGUUUUAUUAUUACAACUGUAGCUCAUACGGGAAAACCAUCACGAACAAAUAG